AUCUGAUCAGCUGCGCGCUGAGGAAGCUCUAUGGUGAGGCCUCGGGUAGUGGGGAGGCCGCCGCGGAGUCGUCCUGCUCGGUGACGGCAGUUAGAGCCCCGCGAAUCCCUGCGCCACCGCCUCAACUCGGCCUCCUGCCCUGCUGGAGGGUGCGGCAGCGAUGAGCUUCCAGGAGCGGCCUGAGGAGAAGGUGUUGGCGGUUGCGGGCACCCCCGUGCGCUCGUUGGAUCCUAGUGAUGCGUCUCCAGAUGAAGGGGUAGUAGAAGAUCUGCCUUUAAUAGAUGAGAAAGCUGUGGAGCAGCUGACUGAAGGACUGCUUUCUCAUUAUCUGCCUGAUCUUCAGCGAUCAAAAUCAGCACUACAGGAAUUUACACAGAACCAAGUGGUAUUGUUAGAAACAUUAGAACAAGAGAUUUCAAAGUUCAAAGAGUGUCACUCCAUUCUUGAAAUUGAUGCUUUGUUUUCAGAAGCUAAACACUAUCACAACAAGUUGGUGAAUAUUAGAAAUGAAAUGAUGAUGCUCCAUGAGAAGACAACAAAGCUAAAAAAAAGAGCACUGAAGCUGCAACAGAAGAGGCAGAAGGAAGAACUAGAACGAGAACAGCAACGUGAGAAGGAACUUGAAAGAGAGAAGCAGUUAACAGCAAAACCUGCUAGGAGGACUUGAAAGCAGAGCAUGCAACAAUCUGUCUGAAUUAAUAGCUUCUGGAUUUUCUGGAAUUAAGGCAGAUGCCCCUCAAAUGGGGCUAUAGCUGUCACUAGCAACAAUCGACUCUCUAGUAUUAUAAAGUCCAGAAUGGUAAUAAUAGGGUGGAUAACAUUCAAAUUUUUUCAUUUCAGCCAUUCAAGUUGCUUUCUUUUGUAAUGUUAUGCAGUUUGAUAUAUAAUAUAAGUUAAAAUUUAUAUAUCUAUAUGUAUAUAGGGGAACUUGGGCUUCACAGUUCUAAAUACCUGUAAAUUUUUUUCAUCUGUUGUUUUUGUGCUUAGAAUUCUGAGAUACUCUCAGUGACUGGCACAUACACACAACACAAUACCAGUUAAAGUUCAGUUCUCAUCACCAGACUUCAGUGGGCACCCAUUUCACAGUUGACAUCUCUUUGGGUUCAUAAGCACUGACUCUUUGUGCAGUCUCUGUUUGGUCUAUGUCUAAUGAACUGAAGAAAGUUCCAGUGUAUCUGCCUUAAAGCUCACUUUUUUGCAGCAGUCUUUCUUUUUUUCUGCUUUAUGUAACUUUUAAUUAAAUUCUCAGCUGAACUGGUACAGGGAGGGGGAAGCAGACCACUAAAGGUCUCCAAACUGAUUUGUGCACAAUGCAAAGAUGAAUGAACUUGUGCUUCCACAAACACUGGAGUCAAAACAGGGACCUGUUACUUCUGUAGUGGUCCAACAGGAUGCCUGUGUGGUCCAUGCAGAUUUCUGGAAGAUUAGAAGGUGUAGUUUCCUCAUUCUGUGUGACAAAAUAAAACAAGCAAAAUGCAGCAAUUUCCACUUCAUGUGAGUUUCAGUUACUGACAGGAAAAACUACUGCAUUUAUUUUUUUCCUUAACCCAUGGUUCACUUGCACUUCAGGGCUAUGUAAGAGAAUUUCUGUUACUGUCCUUGCCCAAGUUGGCGAUUAGUAGUGUGUACGGAUGAUACAUGUGGAAUAGAGGCUGAUAACCUUUUCUCUGAAUAUAAUUGCUCUCUUGCAGCACUUGGUAUGAACUCCCAUACAAAUGAAAAUUCAUGUUGUCUAGAUUGGUGAAAGAGCUUAAACUAUUGGUUCCUACAGUCUAAGAAACUGCUUAUUUUGUGGUGUUUUUUUAGUACUGUACAAUUGGUGUGUUUUGAAGUAAGAUGAAAGGUAAUCUAUGUAAACUUUUCCAUAAGAUCUCUGUGGUGAGGUAUCAAAGGGGCUCAGUCAAUUUUACUUUUUUACACAGUGUGCACUUGCUUGCACUCUUCUGUAUUGCAAUGUUCUGAACUUACUUCCUGUUUCUGUCAUGUUUUUUGUGAAAGACACUUUAAUGAGUAAUCAUCCAACACGAAAGGUAAACUGGGAUAAUGUUUUGGAACAAGGAGAACAAAGUGCUUGAAGUAGUCUGAAGAGACACUGAAAUGCUGUUACAGGAGCAGUAAUAGAUUAAAAUUUUUCACAGGUACUUUUCCUGUAAGUUGACUGGUGUCUGUUCAUUGCCAGUGAAUUGUUGGUGUGUGCUGUGGUUUGUAUUUCUAAGAGAAAUGUGAAGAAUUUCCACAGUCCCUUUUUGGAGCAGAAUGUACAUAAUUAAAUGUUAUUUCAAUAUUUUAGUUUGUAAUGUAAUUUCAAAACUAGAUUCUGGGAAUUUAAAUACUAUUAACGUAUAACGUGAAUCUAGAUGCCUCAAUAUGCAAAUUGGGAUUAAAUUUCUGUGGUAUUUAUUUUGUAUUCCCUCAUCUAGAACCCUAGUGUGGUUUCUUUUUGUGAAGAACUGUGGGGUGUUUGUUUUGUUUCAGAAAGUGUGGCUGUGUUUACUGAAAACAGAGAAUUUAAUCACAGAAAUUGAUGGCUUCGCAAUUGCAUAUUUCAGGUUUUCUUUGAAAUAAUUUCUGAUCAAAGGAAUAAAAGCUGGCAGUGCUUGCCUGAGGAAUAACAUAAGUAAAAAGAUAGCAAUUUUUCAUAUUGUGGUAAAAUAUUUUCUGUAUGAAUAAGUAAUUAAUUUUACUAAAUAACCUUUUUGUAGUAAAGAGGGAAAUUAAUAUAUAUACGGGGGGGCAGUGUUUGGUCAGUUCACAUAACUUUUUUGUUAAUGAGAUCGUAAAUCAUUUCAGUCAAAUCUGCAAUUUAUUGUCUUCAUAUGAUGUUCUUCAGAAUACUCAUGUCAUGAUGCAUAAAAAGCAGUGUUGGAUUAAUUUAACAAUAAUCAUCUAAAAUGAUAUGCCAGCAUUAAUAUGCACAGGUAAAGUGAGUAUACAUUUAGUCUUCCUGUUACUGUGUAUACAUUUAGUCUUGCUUGAUUUUACAAUAAAACUACUUAUCUAGUAGAUCAGUGUAGUAGUCUUAGGCAUUAUCUUUCUGACUCUUUAUUCCAUGUACAGGAGGAAGCACAGGUAAGCUGUGUCUUUUUAAACAGGCAAGUUUUAAAACGAUCUCUUUUUGUACUAUUUCGUUGUCAAUGUAAUCGCUUGUCAAGUCAUGGCAGUAAAAGUAAGACACUUAACUGUGUGGUAACUGAAUGUUUAUUUUGUCAGAUUCUACAAAUUUAGGAAUUACUGUUGCUAACUGAGGAAUCUUGGUUUCUUGUACUCUUAUCUUUGUUACUCUUAAAUUGGAUGCUUAAAUUGGGUUACCCCACCUAUAGCCUUACAGCUUUACAUGAGCCAAUUUUUAAUCCAGUGAAAUCUGGGUUUUUUCACUAAUUGUGUUACCUUUGCCAUGUUCAUAAAACAAAAUUUGUUUCCUUUUGGAAAAACGUUACUGAAGACUUUAUUUGUUUUUAUUUGUGUGACCUAAGUGAUAAUAGCAUAAAUAAUAACGUGGAGGUUGUUUCCAUAGCUGUUCUGUUGGGAUUCCAGCAGUUGAGAGAGUAUUCUGAAUUACCCUUCAGUAGACGCUUUCUGCCAUCUGCUGCUUGCUUUGCAGCACUGCUACCUCUUCUUAAUUCUCACCUUGGUGCUUUAAUGUCUCACCUUGCAGAUGUCAUUUUUGUGUGUUUUAAACCUCAUUAAUUAAGUUAUUUGAUCUUUCUUGGAGUAGUUGUAUGACUAUAACUAAAUUACUGGUAACAACUUUGCAGGUCUUGGAGUUAGUGAUAUAAAUCUGUAUGAAUACAAUUUACAGGAGCAAAAUUAUUCAGUAUAGCUAUUCGUGUGAGGCAAAGCAAUGUGUAAGGUAGAAAGAUGAUUAAUUUUUAAAUCAAAGUGUAAGCUUAAAUUGAAAUAAACAGUUUAUUUUGGUGCAAA